AUACGGUGAUGCAAAAGCUGAUAUGAUUACUGUAUGUCAAGCAAGUAAUCAUGAUAAUAAAGCUCAAAAGAGAAAAAUAAAUGAUUUUGAAAAAGAUUAUUCUACAGCGAAAGCAGUUUGGUGGUACACAUAUGAUAGUUUUCUAUAUCGAUUAUUAAACAAAGCUUUACGUACACAAGAUAUGGAAAUUAUAUUUAAAUUUCGAUUUUUCAUCAAUGAUCUUCAGAAUGAGAUCGAAAAACUUUACAAUAGAUAUUUAGAUAAGUGUUCUUCUAAACCUAAUCAUCAUUUCAAAGUUUAUCGUAGUCAAAUUUUAAGUAUGACAGAACUUGAUCAACUUAAACAGAAUGUAAAUGAACUUAUUUCGAUGAAUAGUUUCUUAAGCGCUACAUUAAAUCCAGAGGUAGCUGAACUUUAUUCAAGUCCAAAUGAUCAAUUGAAUGAUCCAUCAGCAUUACAAUCUGUAUAUUUCAUAAUUGGUGUUUAUAAUUUAAGUAAACAAACGACACCAUUUGCAUUUAUAGAACAUCAUUCAUGUAAUCCAGAUGAAAAAGAAGUACUUUUUUCAAUGGGUGCUAUUUUCAAAGUUCAAUCAGUGACAAAACAUAGUAACAUGUGGCAUAUUCAUUUACAACUAACUAAUGAGCAAAACCAACUUGGUCAAAAACUCUUAGAUCAUAUGUUGGAACAAAUCAAAUCGGAACCAGGUCCAUUGUCAUUCGGUUGGUUUCUUUUUCGAAUGAGUGAAUUUAACAAAGCUGAACGCUAUGCCCAAUGGAUGAUUCAACAACUUCCACCGAAUUAUAUAGGAAAUGGAGAUGCUUACAAUUUACUUGGCCUCUUUUAUAAAGAUACUAAUAAGUUACAAGAAUCUGUUGAAUCUUAUGAGAAAGCGCUUGAUAUUUAUUCUCGUUUGGGUUAUCACAAUAGUCCUCGAGCUAUUGCUACUCAUUGUAGUCUUGGUUUGGCUUAUUUGGCAUUAGACGAUAAUCGAAGUGCAGAUGAUCAACAAAGACAAGCCGAAGAAAAGUUUGAUUCAUUAUCAACACAGGAUCUAUUACUGAAAUCUAAAGUAGAUGUUCUUAAAGCCAAACUUAUGGCAAGUUAUGGUUGUACAACAGAAGCUUUGGAAAGUUUAGAACAGUCUUUACAGAAUAAAAGAAAGCGAUUACCAGCAAACCAUCCUUCGAUUGGAACAACUCUGAAUGAUAUAGGUAUUGUGCAUGAUAAAAUAAACAAUAAUAUAAAAGCACUUGAAUAUUUUCAACAAGCAUUGAACAUUGGUAAGAAAAGUUUAACAUCCGAUCACUUAGAAUUAGUUGACUAUCAUACAAAUGUUGGUCGUGUGUAUGCUAAACUUAGACAAUUUAAAUUUGCUUUGGAACAAUUCGAAUCAGCACUAACAGUUUUGAUGGAAUACGAUCAACGAGACGAUGAAAGAAUUGCAGAAUUAAAGACAUUUAUCGCCGACAUGAAAACAAAAUUAUGUUAG